AUGGCAGAAGAUGCAGAUACAAUCGUUGAUGUACACUAUAAUGGGGUGUUCACACCUACCCCAUUGAUGUAUUUUAAUGGAGUAAAAUCCUUUGUACCAUACACGGUUGUGAACAAGAUGAACUUCCCUGAUUUCAUCCCCUUUCUUGAAAAGCUUACUAACGGAAGAUGCAGAGAUGUGUAUUACUGUCCACAUGAAGAGGAAGAAGCAGACCUUGAAGAUGAAGAUUUGGUUUCUAUUGAUGAUGUUGACUCCAUUUUAGAAGAUGGUCUGAAAGCUGAACAUGUAGAGGACGAUGAAGUUAUAUCUCUCAAAAGAAACUUCAAUGAUCAAUUCCUCAACAAACUUUGUCCAAUACAGAAUGAUGACUUGGUUCAAGAAGAUCAUAAUGCAAUACGACCUAUCUACCCAAGACAUGAUCAUACUCAAGAAUGGAAUGAGAUGAAGCCUCAAUUAGCUGAAAUCAAAAGGGCUAAUCCAAGUUCACAUGUUGAGGUGUUCUUGGAGCCACAACCUGAUAAUGCUGUGGUGUUUGAUAGGGCAGGCAUUCCUCUAAGAUAUACCAUUUGCCACCAAACUGGCAACAACAAAUCCACAUGCCCAAGUAAGCCAACUCCAGCUCCAAGCACAGCAGGUCCAAGUCAAUCAACUUCAGCUUCAAGCACAGCAGGUCCAAGUCAAUCAACUUCAGCUCCUGUCAAGAGAACUCCUGUGAAGAAAGCUCCAGUGAAGAAGGCUCCUGUGAAGAGAAGUCCUAUGAAGAAGGUUCCUUUGAAUGAUGUUGGUAGGGUGAGAAAGUUUUCAGAAAGAAUCACAUAA